UAUAUUUAUCUGAAUAUAUAUGGUGGAUGUAUUGGGAAACUUCAAAAAUAUUGCAGUAAUCACAAUUUCGACCUAUGCUUCAAAGUCAAUACAUUGACAUAUGAAAUUCAACACACAGCUUUAGAACAUUUUCAUCAUAACAAAUUGCAUUCUCAUUUAAUUGCAAACAAAAAGUAUGAUAUGAAUUGUAUUCAAUUCAAUCAAGUGGCAAAUGACUACAAAUUCAGUGGAAAUACAUCGGCUGGCCUCAACAAAGAACAACGGGUUGCUGUAUCAUCAAUUUUAAAAAUGAAAGAAGGUUCAAUUCCAUACUUAUUAUUCGGUCCCGCAGGUACUGGCAAAACGGGCACUUUGGUAGCCACAAUAGAAGAAAUUGUGCGCUCAUCCAACAAAUUUGUUUUGGUCUGUGCUAAUUCCAACAAUGCCUGCGACGAAAUAGCGAAACGGCUUAUCGGUGUACUUAAAGUGGGAGAAAUUUUUCGAAUGUAUGCACAGUCAUAUAGUGCAUCGAAACUGGACAACAACAUCAAACAAUGCUGCAAUUAUUACCCUGAGAAAUCUGGUGGAAAAUUCAUUUAUCCAAGUUUAAGUUACUUGUACCAAUUCCGAGUGCUUAUAUGCACAUUAUUAACUGCUGGCCAUUUAAUGCGAGCCCGUUGUGAUCGUGAUUUCGAUUCAACUCAUUUUUCUUAUGUCAUCAUAGAUGAAUGUGCGGGUCGAUUCUCUCCAGCCCGACAAUUUUCGAAAAAUGAAAAAUCCUUCGGUGGAAAAUAA